GGAGAACCAUGAUCUGCGCCGCCUCGGAGGGAGAAUAAAGGCAGGACGGCCUGCUAACCUCUCUCCCCGGCCGGUCUGCCUGGUUCCCUCUUCCUUUUUUCCACAAGCAAUCGCCUUCUCGCAACCACAUUGCCAAAAAAAAGAGGCAUAAGGAAACGAUACGAAAUAAGACAAGAUGCUGUUGAAAUCUUCGCUGCUCGCGGCGGCGGCGGCCCAGAUGGCCGCGGCGCAGGAGUUGAUGCGUUUCGGGUGCUCGCAGCUGACCAUCGACCGAAUCGACCCGCUGGUCGAGCCGGGCAACAUGCCGUCGGCGCACAUGCACCAGAUCAUCGGCGGCAACUCGCUCAACGCCAGCAUGCACCCCGAGGACCACGACCCGCCGACCGACUCGACCUGCACGAGCUGCACGUACUCGGAAGACUUCUCCAACUACUGGACCGCCAACCUGUACUUCCGCGCCCGCAACGGCACCUACAAGCGCGUGCCGCAGUUCGCCAACCUCGGCCUCGGCGUCGAGGCCGGCAUGACCGUCUACUACAUCCGCGGCUACCAGCCCAGCGCCACCGUCACGGCCUUCCCUAAGGGCUUCCGAAUGCUCGUCGGCGACCCGAUGAACCGGCAGGCGAGCACGAUGCAGAAGGGUCUCUGCUACCGGUGCGAGGCGAACAUGCAGCAGAACCCGUUCGGGGGCGCGCCCUGCACGGGCCAGGACACGCAGGCGUUUCCCGCGCAGGCGUGCGGCGGCGGCUGGCGCGUGACGGUGCACUUCCCGACGUGCUGGGACGGCAAGAACCUCGACUCGCCCGACCACAAGGCGCACGUCGCGUACCCGGCCUCGGGCACCUUCGAGAGCGGCGGCGCCUGCCCGGCCACCCACCCCGUCAAGGUGCCCCAGAUCAUGUACGAGAUCAUGUUCGACACGCGCGCGUUCAAUAACAAGGCCGAGUGGCCCGAGGACGGCUCCCAGCCCUUCGUCUGGAGCAUGAAUGAUACUACGGGCUACGGCCUGCACGGCGACUACCUCUUCGGCUGGAAGGACGACGCCCUCCAGCGCGCCAUGGACGGCAAGUGCUCCGGCGACCGGUGCGCGCCGCUGCUGCGACAGACUGACCAGCAAGCUAUUGACUGCGUCAAGUCCCAGAGCGUCCAGGAAGACAUCGGCGAUGACUGGCUCCCCAACCUCCCCGGAUGGUAGAUUGCCAAUUGCGCCCGUGUCCGAAGAGGCGAUGGUGGGACAGGGAACGAGGUCGUACUUUACCUGGCGUUCUAUGCUUAACUUAUUAUUAGCUGGGAAGAGAAAGGGGACUCCUUAGACUGACCUAUUAAAUCUUUCCCCCCUAUUCCUGUUAAUCUCGUCAUAAAUAAAUACCAUUAUAACUAAGGGUGGUGAUUUGCGUCAACUC